CGCUGACUGGCCUGGACUGGCUGGCAAGCAUCGAACAUCUCGGCAGAAGCGUCAAAAGUUAGUGCUGCUAUAGCAUAUGCGUGGUGCGGGUCGUGAUUUCUAUGCUGCUCCGUUUGACGUUUUUGUGAUUCUUCUGUGCAUCUGAGCAAAGGAGGCGCAUAGUGAAUUUUGGUGGACCGCAAAGAAUUCCGUCUGUUGGCUUUGGAUGUGUUUUGUGCGUUAUUUAAUUGUCCUGUUGUCAUUUUGAAGAUCGUGAAUUUUCUCUAACAUGAACGGAUCAACAUAGUGGUAAAACAUAAAAAGGUAAAACAUAGUGGAACUCGAGAAUAAUACAACACAACGGCAUUGUCGAAUUGAAAUUCAUACCCAAUCAGUGUGCAAUCGAACCAGAGAAAAUUAUAAACCAUAGUGAUAGCAUGAUUAAAUGCAAUGAAUUUGAAUACAUUCGUCAUCAACAAUUCGAGUAAAUGUUCGAUGGCGUGAAUUCAAACGAAUAAGAGUGAAACAGUGAAUUUGUGUGUAACGUGAAUUGAACGGAUUUUUUUUUCGAAAUAGAAAUUGCACCCGAAAUAAUGAUUGUGUUGACGAUGGUUCUGUGAGGAGUCCCGCGUGACUCGCCAGUGUCCCGUUCAGGAUCAGGUGCACACAAGUAUGAUAAAGUGGUCCCAAGAAUCUGUUUCGCACGGUCGCACGGAAGAGCGAAUGAUUGCAGAUUGCAUUGCAUUCAAUGUGAUAAUCAUCGAGAGAGUAAUUUGAUUGCAACCAAUAACGGAUUAUCCCUUAGCGGAGACGAGGAUUGCUCUCUGCCCAGUGAAUUCGGUGUUGAUCCGGGUUACAGGCUCAGGUACGGAAACCGAAAGCCUCGUGGUACGAAUCUACCGGAUCAGUGGCAAUGCCGAACUGAAGCAGAACUGUGCGCACUGGGACCGGGAUUACAGGCGAAAUUUUUGCCAACAUUAUAAGGACGCACAUCAACCGAAGAUAAAAACCCCGUCCGCAUAUGGCACCCGUCAACCGAAUGUCGCCCUUGGUCGGAAGCGAGAAGAAACAACAGCAUCUCGGAAAGAAUCGGAAAGCAAGAAGAAGCUAAGGAACAUCUCCCGACUGCACUGUCGAAGGGGAAACUGAACCUCAAGGAUAGCUAGUCCUCGCCGGUUCCGUCAAUUGUAACAUCAUAAAUUUGAAUAUAAAAGCGCUCAGGAAUCGCUUUCAGCUUGCGCUGCACAGCAGAGUUGUAAACUAAUUACAUAAUUGAAGAAUACUUACUUUGUUGGUAGGUACUGAGCCAGAGAAAGUGUGAAAAAGGAUUUCCCGUGAUUUAGUGCUGGCUGGUGAAAGUUGUUGGAACAAAUCUUGGCGAGUCGAAAAGUCAACCAGAACGGAAUGCAAAUGGGACGAGAAUAAACUAUCAAAGAUUAUGGAAAAGAAGUACAAAAGCAAUUAAAGGAAUUGGAUUUUUUCGCUGUCUUCGAAGGGAAUUCAAGAAAGAUUCGACCCCUUUCUUACGGGGUUUGUUUGGUAAAAGUCAAGACAGUGAAGCACGUGCUCGAGUUGUCGAACGGAAAACAGCGCAUCGACAGCACAAUUAGAAGCAGUCCGGGAGCUUAGGAGGAAGGCACAGAAAUUAUGUGAUUUGCUGCCAUCGAACCUGACGACGGGAGCAAAACAAAAAAGCGCAGGAAGACAAUCACGGCGCACUUGAACAAAUUGAAAACAACGGUUGGACCUUUUUGUCCCCUUGGGACGAGAAAUCUUCCUUCCCGAAACUGUAGCAGAAUGAAAUGACUAUUGGUGGUGAUUAAUUUUUGAUAUCGAACUGUUUGAGCGAGUGGAAAAUUGAAAAGAUUGCUUGCCGAAAAGGAAAGGUGCGAAGAAAAACUGAGAAAUCGCUAACUCGUGUAAAUAUUUGAAAACCCUCGUGUUCCCAAGCGAAAAGAAAAGGACAAUCAACAAAGACCGGAAUGAAGCGUCUUCCGCCGGGAACAAUAGUCUCGGUUCUAAUCGCGGCUGCGAUUAUCAGCAAAGUAAAAGCGAUGGAAUAUCCGAAAAUAACGGAACACCCACUGGAUGUGAUUGUGCCGAGGCAUGAGCCAACAACUCUCAACUGCAAAGCCGAUGGCAUUCCGAUGCCCACCAUCACCUGGUACAAGGACGGGGAAUCGAUCAAAGCGGAACAGGGCUCGCACAAAAUCCUGCUUCCUGCCGGAGGGUUGUUCUUCCUGAAGGUCGUGCACUCACGUCGCGAAAGCGACGCCGGAGUUUACUGGUGCGAGGCUCGCAACGAGCUCGGCGUGGCCCGAAGCCGAAAUGCAACGCUGCAGGUGUCAGUACUACGCGAAGAAUUUCGACUGGAGCCGCAGAAUACGCGGGUGGCGCAAGGUGAGACCGCCCUCCUCGAAUGUGGACCACCGAAGGGCUAUCCGGAGCCGGUCAUUUUCUGGCGAAAAAAUGGACAGACCAUGGAUUUGAGUGGAUCGAAACGAAUCCGUAUCGUGGACGGUGGCAAUCUGGCCAUCCAGGAUGCACGGCAAUCCGAUGACGGCCGGUACCAGUGUGUGGCGAAGAACGUCGUCGGCAUCCGAGAAUCGACGGUCGCCUUUCUCCGGGUGCACGUGAAACCAUUCCUGAUACGAGGCCCGCAAAACCAGACGGCUGUGGCCGGCAGCUCGGUGGUAUUCCAGUGUCGCGUCGGCGGUGAACCAGUUCCGGACGUCCUGUGGCGACGCUCGGCAUCCGGUGGCAAUAUGCCUUUAGGUCGAGUGCAUGUCCUGGAGGAUCGUAGCUUGCGCAUCGAUGACAUCACCGUAGAGGAUAUGGGCGAGUACAGUUGCGAGGCUGACAAUGCUGUCGGCUCGAUAACGGCUUCAGGCAAUCUGAUCGUUCACUCUCCUCCAAGUUUCAUCGUUCGACCGAAGCAUCAGAUCGUGGAGUUGGGUUCGGAAGCACUAUUCGAGUGCCAAUCCGUCGGUCAUCCUCAUCCUACACUGUUUUGGUCACUGGAAGGUAAUCGAAGUUUACUGUUUCCGGAGACACGUUUCGGAAACAUUGAAGUGACAGAAAAUGCCGAUGGUACUAGCGUUCUGUCGGUUUCCAACAUAGAUCGAACCGACAACGGGAAGGUCAUCGUUUGCAGUGCAGUGAAUAGUGUAGGAAGCGUCAGCACUCGAGUGGUGCUCAGUGUGAAUCUUCAAGAUGAUCGACCACCUCCGUUGAUUCUUCAAGGACCUGUCAAUCAGACGCUUCCCAUUAAAUCAGUGGCUAUCCUCGCCUGUAAAGCCUCCGGAACACCAACACCAGUAAUUUCCUGGUACCGGGAUGGGAUCCCCAUUCUAACAACUUCCCGGGUUAACAUCAGUGACUCAGGAACGCUAACCAUUUCCGAUCUGAACAAAAACGAUGACAGCGGACUGUACACCUGUGUUGCCAGCAGUAAAUCAGGUAAAUCAACGUGGAGUGCAGCGCUGCGCCUGGAUUCUCCAACCAAUCCCAAUAUCAAGUUUUACCGUGCACCGGAGGCGUCUACCUUUCCCGGUUCACCGGGAAAACCUCAGCUAACGGAUCUCUCCGAAAACAGUGCUACCAUUUCGUGGGUUCGCAGCAACGCCGUCGGGGCUUCCAGUUUGGUUGGCUACACGGUGGAAAUGUUCGGCCGAAAUGCUACCGAUGGAUGGGUUGAAGUUGCCAGCAAAGUGCAGGAUACCUCCUACACCCAGCGUGGCCUUGGUCCGGGCGUGACGUAUUAUUUCGUGGUGCGAGCGGAGAAUUCACACGGUCUUUCGCUGCCCAGUGCGAUAUCGGAACCGAUCAUGAUUGGAAUGAACGAGUUAAAUUCUGGUCUGGAUAUGAGCGAAGCUCGAGCCAGUCUUCUGUCUGGAGACGUCGUAGAGCUGAUCAACGCUACUUCGGUGGACUCUACAACGAUUAAGUUGGUUUGGGAGAUCAUCAACGACAAGUACGUUGAAGGAUUCUACAUCUACGCGCGCAAUCUGCAGGAAGAAUCCGAACGAUCGUACAAAAUGCUAACGGUGCUGAAUGCUGGCAGUGUGUCAAGUUGUACUGUUAGCGGGUUGCAUAAGUUCACGGAGUACGAGUUUUUCAUUGUUCCCUUCUAUAGGACAGUCGAAGGGAAACCGUCGAACUCGAGGCUGUCCAAAACGUUGGAGGAUGUUCCGACAGCCCCGCCAACUGCGAUGGAAGCUUUGCUGUUGAACUCAUCGGCCGUCUAUCUCAAGUGGAAGUCACCUCCAGCGAACUCAAUCAAUGGUAUUCUACAAACCUACCAUGUGAUCGUGCGAGGACUUGACGUUCGUUCGAAUUUCACCAAAAUCUUGAGCAAUGUGACGAUCGAUGCCAGUUCACCGAAUCUGCUGCUGGCCAAUUUAACCGAGGGUGUCACGUACACCGUAAGUAUCGCCGCGGCAACGACGGCCGGAAUGGGACCGUUCAGUAGUCCGGCUACCCUGCGGUUGGAUCCCGUGACGAAACAGUUGGAUCAAACAUCGCAUCGCUAUCCGAUCAAUCAUGACAAUGCGGACGACAUUCUGACGAAACCGUGGUUCAUCGCCGUCCUCGGGACGAUUCUGGCACUGAUGAUGCUUUCCUUCGGGGCGAUGGUGUUUGUCAAGCGGAAACAGAUGAUGAUGAAACAGUCGGCACUGGCAGCAUUGAGAGGCCAUCAUGGGACCGGCGUUCUGAAGUUCCCUUCGCUUCCGCAAGGUAACGAUGCCUACUGGACCGAUCCAUCGGCGAUACUGUGGCGUCAUCCGAGUCGACCGAAAGAUCACAUUCAAGAUUACGCACCGGUUUGCAACGGAAAUGGUCUACCAUCGGAGCAAAACAACCGAAACCGCUACGUCGGCAUCGAUUACACCGAAUAUCCAACCGAUUAUGCCGAGGUGUCAUCGUUCAAUCCGAAUGCUCCGAACAAUAACAACACGACGACGGGAACGGUCGCCGGCAAGACACCGUCCGAGUACAGUGGAACCCGUUCGCCGGCUCCGUACGCAACGACCACUUUGAUAGGCAAUUCAAGAUUUAUUACAACCUCCGCGAACGGUACCGUAAGCAGCAUUCAUCAUCAGCAAACACCCUACGGCAGCAUGUACUACAACACCGAUUCUUAUCCACCGAUGGUGGUCACCAGCGGAGGAGGGUCCAGCAAUGGGAACGCCGAAAACGGUGGUCUUCUGUUGGGGGGCUCCAACAAUUACGGUCGCAACAUGUACUCGGACUCAUAUUUCAAUCCAGGCGAGAAAAUCAAUAUCACCGAGAAUAAGCUGGCUUCGUUGAACAACAAUAGCACAAGUAAUGGCGGCUAUCAGUUGGUACCGAAUCACAGCGGAAGCAGUGCCAGUAGCAGUAGCAGCAGUGGUGGCGGGAUGGUGGUGGGAGCUCGUCCCGAAACGAACAAAACCUUCAAUCCCAGCAGUCAGUCGGUUCCGCAGACACCGUUCGGGACGAUAAGAAAAAAUCGCUUCAAAUUAGCCCGAACUCCAAUCAAUAACCUGAGGAUUAGCUUUGGAACGGCUGACCGGGCCAACUCCGGCAGUCCGGCAGAGGAUGCUGGAAGUGAGUAUGGUAAUCAACACCAGCAGCAACAAUCACAGCACAGCCAGAAGAAGAAAAUGUCCUCGCUCAAUAAUUUAGGAGCGCAGGAGCAGCUGUACAUAAAGAUAGGGGACACGAAUCCGAACAAUGCCAACAGUUGGAAUGGUCAUUUGGCCAAUAUUUACCAAAACUCCGGUCGAUCCAGACCGCUGGCCGAAGCCGGGGACGGGAAUGACAGAGAGGGUGAAGCCGUCUACCAUCCGACCGGUAACCGCAGUGUCAUUAGCUAUCGGUCCGCCUCCGAGUUCGGUGAUAACGUCUGAGAGAUGCGUGGCUGCUGAGAGUUGACUAUUUAUAAUAACUUAUUCUGACGCCGACGCCGGCGACACAGAAUCGACGAAAGACUGAGUGUGGAAAUUUAAAUGGGUUGCGUGGUGGGUGGCAGCAUGGAGGCAGGCAGACAGACAAACAGACAGACAGGUGUGCGUACGAGGCAAUCGGAUUUGUUUUCACUGAUGUCCUUCCAACCCAAACCCAAAACUGGAGAGGGUUUGAGAGGUAGCCAGUCAGUCUAGGUUAGGCCACCCGCAGUAGUAGUAGUAGUAGUAGAUAGUAGAAGGUGAAUUGUCGUUCGUUGUUUUCUUUGGCCAUACUCUCUGUACACCUGUAAAUAAUGGAUGGAUGACCGCUCUCUGCUGCCGUGUGCGGCGCUGGGAAUGGUUUAGCUGACGAUGUACAUUGAAUAUCACAUCAGAUUGAAGCGAAAUCGAUGUAGGCGACUAUAAAGCAAGACUGAUCGCAGUACUUCCAUUCGGAAAAGGUAGAAUUGUUGAAAAGGAAUCUGAGAAUAUGUAGGGCGACGGAAGGUGUCAAAAAGGGGCUACGAUUCACUGCUGAGUCCGUAUUUUUCUUGUCGGCUCAUGGAGGAGACUCACGGUUGAUUGUGGUCGGAUUGAGAUAUUUAUAUUUCCUAGCACACUUUGUGCUAGCGAACAUCCUAAUCAAGUAAAAACAAAAUCAAAUGUUAGCUACUCAUUCAUAUCAGGAGCAGCAUUGAGUGUGAAUCUAGUGAUCGAAUAGUAGCGUAAAACAAUCUAAUACUAAUACUCAAUAAAACGAUGCGAACAUUUUCUAGGCUAGCCGGUCGAACACGACACUGUAAAUAAUCGAUGAUUUAUCGCCAUAAAUCGAAACAACUGCUUGUUAACAAAACCACCUACGUUGAAAUGUUCAAAAUUCCUACUUUACCUACUCAGCGAUUAUACGAUGUUACAUGAAUUGUGCUUGAAAGAAACAAAUAACAAAAAAACUUUGGGUUUCGCGUUACUACUAUCACAAAAACUAUCACAGAGAAGUUUAGAAGUAUUAUCCUUUUUCUACUUGUAGCAUUGUAGUUAAAUUUAAAUUAUCACCUGUUCGUACGAGGGAAAGAGAGAGAGAGAUAGAGAUAGAGUAUGUGUAAGCGAAUGUGAAAGCGAAAGCGAAAAAGCAAUAAAGCAGGAAAUUUUUUGGAAUAUUCACGCUCGACAGUCGGUGAUGAAGAGUGAUACCGUGGCUACGUUGUAACUGAACUAAAAAGAAAAAUUACUAAAAUCUAAACUGAGACGGUGGUCCGGAGCUUGUAAUUCAACUUGGCCAGUUCCGGUACUGUAACUAAGACGAAGUAUUGGACGCAUCAUAAAAUAAACAGCUGUUAAUUCGAUUGAAUUCAAUGUACCAUUAACCGUCCGUGCGCGUAAGAAUAUCGUUUAUAUCGAUGGAACGCAAAUAAAGUAAAAAAUAUAUAUUACAUAAACGAACAUACGGAGAACAAAUAAAGUGCUGAUUGCUUUCGAUGGCCUUGUAAAUAUUUCCCGAUGUGAGAUGCCAACUUCAGAUUAUGUGCGUAACUGUAAGCUGUAUCAUAUAGAUGGACGAAUAAAGUAAUAAGAAAACUAUGGAAAA